ACGGUUCUCGCCGCGUGGUAGUUAUUUUACAACAGUGAAGAUGACUGUUGAUUAUUCAAGCGAUUUAUUGAAGAAUGUUCAUCGAAACGUUUCACCACCGGAAGUUGGCACCAGUUUCUUGGUUAAAGGGGAAUAUGAUUAUUGGCACUACGGUUGUGAUGGUUUUAACGAUAAGGGUUGGGGAUGUGGAUACAGGACGCUGCAAACGAUAUGCUCGUGGGUUAUAAAAAACAGGAAUUUGGAACAGACUGUUCCUAGUAUCGCACGGAUACAGGAAGUGCUCGUCACGCUGGAAGAUAAGGAGCUAUCUUUCAUUGGAUCGAGAGAGUGGAUAGGAAGCUUCGAAGUAUGCCUCGUGUUGAACCACUUGUACGAAGUUCUCAGUAAGAUCGUACACGUUCCCAGUGGUAGAGCCUUGAAAGACCAAGUUCCUGUUAUUAAGACUCAUUUCGAGGAACUUGGUAGUCCUGUCAUGAUGGGCGGAGACAGAGAUUGCUCUAGCAAGUGCGUGGUGGGAAUUCACGAAGGAUCGAAAAAUACGUACUUGCUAAUCGUGGAUCCACAUUUCAUCGGCAGAGCACGAGGAACCGAACAAUUGGAAAAUUACCAUUGGGUGAAGUGGCAGAAUUUGGAUAACUUCGUCGACAGCUCGUUUUACAAUCUAUGUUUGCCACGGGUAAAAAGUAUAGGUGCAGAAUAAC